AUGAAGCCUAACAACAACAUAACGUUCCAUCAGACGUUGACAACGAACAGCAUGUCGGCUGGACUCGCCAAGCCGAGUUUAUCUCAGGUUGCACCACAACCUCCUACGUUCAAUUCUAAGAAGAGAACCCGCGCAGAUAGCAUGAACCAGAACCUCCAACCUCAUGUGCCAAUGGUUUUUGGUCAUGCCAUGUCCCAAAGCCCGGAGUACGACCAGUACCGCCCCUCCCCGAUGCCAAUGCAGCAUCCAAUGGCCCAGCAUGUCAUUCCAGUUCCAACAGCAAUGCAUUUCUCGACCAUAGCACCCCAUCCAGCCGACAUGGCCAGUUUCGGGAAGAGUGUCCAAGAUGGUGGGUCCAGCUUUGCAGCCUUCCAGGCGACUGGUGGGCGAUCUAGAUCCGUCUCUCAGGCAUCACCGGAGCUGCAGAUGUCACCCGGCCUUGACUUUGACAGUUAUGGGGAUAUGCUAUCACAACCUAUCGGCUCUAAGCGUCAGAAACAAGUUGAUGAACAUGAGGACGCCCUCCGACUCUUGUCUUUGGAAGUACGAGACGUCAUACUUACCGAGCUUGCUCAAAAAGUCCGAUUGGCCGAUGGCACUUCGAGAGCUGAGAGGGAACGACAGGGCUUUGGUAUGGGUUGGCUACACAAGUACUGCAAGAGGACUAACGAAGAGACCGCUGCUAUUCCUCGUAACCGUGUUUACACCCACUAUGUCACAGCAUGUGGGGAUGCACGUAUCAAAUGCCUUAACCCUGCGUCAUUUGGUAAACUGGUUCGCAUAGUCUUCCCAGAUAUCAAGACCAGACGUUUGGGAAUCAGGGGCCAUUCGAAGUAUCACUACUGUGGAAUCACUUUGAUAUCUGGCAAGGAAAAGUUGGACGAAGACUUGAAGAAUUCAGUCGCUGGCGAUCCGAAGGUCAAUAUUCUCCCGAGUAAUAAUAUUAGUCAGGAUGCUUCGCAUGAGACCGAAGGUGGCGAGUGGACUGCCCUUCUCCAAGACUCAGACCCAGCCGGUCCUCCCAUCCCCAAGGACGAUGAUAAGGCUGGCAGAGCCGCCUCCGUCGAAACCCUACAACCCUUAGAGAACAUCGAUGAAGAGCCCGAAACCGAGUCUGCCGAUGACCUCCUCAAUAAGAUGGCUACUUUCCUCUCACCCUCCGACGAGGAGCGACCCUUCGGAAUUAGUGUUCCAGAUAUCACCCUUUACAUGCCCGCCGGGACUGAUAUGGACAAUGCGAGAACCCUCGAGGCAACCUAUCGAACACAUGCACUCGCUCUAUUCGAAGCUUUCAAGACGAUGCAUAUGAAGAUGUUCUAUAAUCUCUACACACAAUUCCAAGGGAGCUUCACAGCUCCAGUCUUGAAGCUACUUACGGAUCCAUCAAUGGUUAACUGGGUUGAAGAUACUGACUGGGAGAUCUACAAGGAACUCCUCGGUCUGGUUAACAAUUGCGUUAAAACCGCUAUCCCACCUAAAAUCUUCGAACAAUUCAAGAAGUUGGUCCAUAACCUUGACGAGUCAGUUCGUAAAUCAUUGCAGCCACUUCCCGAUCACGUCGUUGAAGCUAGACUCCGACCUGUUUCCGCAUUCUGCCGCCUUGUCGACCAAGCUCUUCGAACCAACAUGACGUGCCACGCCGCCGCUAGCAUCUUAAACAAUGAUGCCGACGUUAAGACUAUGGAAUCCGACUGGGUCAAUAUGGUCGAAGCCGAAAGAAUUGUUCGACGUGAGCUGCCGUGCAGGAGCCCACUUGCCAUCCAACUUCUCCGUACUGAGAUCGUUAGCCUUGUCCGUGGGAAGGAGCCUAAUUCUAUGCCAACCUCACAGGAUGGUCCAGACGAGAACGGGAUUUUCGACCAUUGGGUCAGAUGGCUUGAUCGCUUGCCAUCCCGCUUCCCUGAGGUGUCAGCUCGCAGCAUUCUUAUCGGAACAUCAGCCGUUGCUAGUGCGGCCAUUCGCGACAUUACAUUGAGCGGUGGAGAAGGUUUUGGUGGGUGGUGGGUUUUGGUCACCUUCGUCGAAGAAUAUCUUCGUUGGAAUGCUGAGCGUGGCGGUUUCCUCCGCCGAGUUGCUCAGGGUCCUCAUCAAAGCGUUUCCGCCUCAGAUGCUGUUGUCCAAGAUCGAAGUUUCUAUCAACGAGGCACCCACAACGACGGAACAGACGACAGCGGAAUUUCCAUUCGCGACGACUCUUAUGAUAGCAUCAUAAUCCAAGAAAAACAUUCUGCCAUCCUCGCGGACAGUAUCCACCAUAUCCCUACUGCUGUUUAA